GGCUUCGCAUCCUUCCCCAGCCCAGGUGGCGGGGGCGUGGAGAUGUCACGGGCGGCGAUUGUUUGCUGCAGGCUGGGUCAGCGUGGCGGAUCGUGACCGAGCGGGAGAGCAGCUCUACCCGAAGCAGAAGCAUCAGCCACCACCAGUAACAGCAGAGAAACUUUGACAAAACUUCUACAGACCUCAGAGCCGCCGCCUCCCCAUCCCACAGCCAGGUGCGGAGCGGAGAGGUGGCAGGACUCAACCCAGGCGAGGUAGCCCCACUCCCCCCAGAUCGCGAAAAGCCCAGCGGGGGAGGAGACAGGGCGUCUGCUGUGCUUCCACCAGUUAUGUUUCUGCAGCUGGAACCCACAGUGACUGAGGGAAGAAGGGAGAGCAAAGUUGAACCAGAAAUCAGCGAAGUGGUGCAAUAGAAAAAGCUAAAAUAGCUCCUUGGGAACUGCUCAUUUUAUUCUUUUCUCCUCCUAUUGUGUUUCUACAUGCAAAGCCGGGGGAAUGUGAUGCGUGACAAAGACCUGUGAUUUAUUAUUUAAGCUAUUACUUAAAAAAAAAAUCAGCAACACCCAUAUCUCUGACAUCUACAGAAGCCUCCAACUCAGAGAUGUGGCUGAUUUAACAUUUUCCACCGUUUUUUUUUUAAUUACAGUACUAUUUUUCUUUGCAAAGGGAAGUUAUGAACAACUGCAAGUCCGGAAGUGAAAAUCUACAGGGGCUGUGACAAGAAGUAUUUUAUUAUUUAUAUAGAUGUGUCUAUCAGCAUUCUGCUUUUUCAUCCAAAGAAUAAAGGGAAAUGCCAGCUUCGCUGAUGUUUCAUGGUGAACAGAUGGCAUUCAAAAAGAGGAAGGACUAAAUAUCUCAUCUUUAAAAAAAGGAGAUGAUUAUUUAUUGAACUCAAGACUUUUUUUAAUCCAAAGAAUAUAUGAAUGAAAGAUUUCAUCUGUCAUUAACUGGAGAAUAAGAAAAGGCCCCUUUGCUUCUGAAGUGCAGCUAAAUCCAUAAAAGCAGCAGCGAUAAUCCUGAAAUUCAAAUAAAGACUUUAUAUGAUGAAUUUUCUAUCCUAUGGAUAUCAUUUUUGAGAUUACAAACCAGGAAGAUCUAUAUUUGAUCUAGCACCAUAUCAUUUCAAUGCCUAAUCUUCCCCAGGAUUGCUGGAGUGUCCUAGGAAUUGCACUGGUGUUGUAUGCCAUGGGCUGUAUUCAGAGUAUUAGCUGCAAAUCCAAAGUUUUCCGGGAAAGUAUUUCAGUGAUUGAAGUGAAAGCCUCCAUCGAUCCUGUUCCCACCAGCAUCGACGAAUCGUCCAGCGUGGUUCUGCGAUACCGGACCCCUCACUUUCGAGCCUCUGCCCAGGUCUUGGUACCUCCUAUCUCCAAGAAAGAGACCUGGAUCGUGGGUUGGAUUCAAGCAUGUAGCCAUAUGGAGUUUUACAACCACUACGGGGAGCAGGGAAUGUCGAGUUGGGAGCUCCCGGACCUGCAAGAUGGCAAGAUCCAGGCCAUAAGUGACUCGGACGGUGUGAACUACCCCUGGUACGGCAACACCACAGAAACCUGCAUGAUCGUGGGACCCACCAGGAAGGAAUCCAAGUUCAACAUCAGUAUGAAUGAUAACUUCUACCCAAGCGUCACGUGGGCGGUGCCUGUGAGCGAGAGCAACGUGGCGAAACUCACGAGCAUCCACCGGGAUCAAAGCUUCACCACCUGGUUGGUUGCCACCAACACGGCCACCAGCGAGAUGGUGACCCUGCAGACUAUCAAGUGGCGUAUGAGGCUGGGCAUAGAGGUGAAUCCCAGCAGACCCUUGGGGCAGCGUGCUACGCUGCGGCAACCCUUUGCUCAAGAGCAGCCCCAGGUCCUUAGCAAGAAUGAGCCAAUACCACCCAGUGCCCUUGUGAAACCCAAUGCCAAUGAUGCUCAGGUACUCAUGUGGAGGCCAAAGGACGGGCCACCACUAGUGGUGAUCCCUUCAAAAUAUCGGUAAUAGCAACCUGGCA